UUUUAACAUAGCCCGAUUUAGGCCUACGUAAUACAACCAUUAAAUACAGUUAAGUAAAUAAUUAUAACAAGUUGUUGCUUCACAAUUACAGGCUACACCAAAAAGGUAUAGAUCUAGUCCCUUAGGCAGUCUUAAAUUAAACCAAAAAAAAGUGUCUGAUGUCACUUUUAAUUUUUUUUUUUACUAAUUCACUUAUUGACUUAGCCUUAUUUUAUUGAUUAUUGACCAUUGACUUAUUGAACUUCUGGUGAUUAUUCAGAUUAUUGUCCUAAAAUUAAAAUGAAACAACACUAAAUUCACUUAAAACUGUCGAAACUUAAUCAUGAAUCUGUUAUAUAGAAUACAUAGCACAGAAUAGAAGACAUUAAUUAAAUUUAAUUUAUUUUGUACCAUGUCACAGCAUCAUGUCACUGGUCACGUCUACGAAUAUAUUAAUAUUAUUAAUUGAAAUUAUUAUUAUUGCAUUGAUUUUGAUUAUUGAAAUAUUGACCUCUCAAUAUUUCAAAUUAAAAUUAAACUAUUAUACUUUUUAAGGCUAAAACUAAUUAACUAAAGACUAAAGAUAAUUAGGCCAUUAAUCAUUAGGCUAAUAAAACAAUUCAAUGUGGAGAAUGACUAGUGUGAGUAUGAAUAUGAUGAGUCAGUAUUACUUAGGACAGAACAUGAUUAAAUAACAGGUUUUAAUUAUUAUUUAAUAAGUUAAAUAUGGACACAAUUUGUUUUGUAUUUUAUUUAUUAACUACAAAAUCAAUAUUUUAAAUCAUAAAGAAAGGCGUAUGAAAUAAAUAUUGGCAUUAUUUGGCAGUUAAUUUCAUGACAAAGUAAAUUUUAAAUAGACUUAGGGGCCAUCCAUAAAUGAUGUCAUGCAAAUUUAGCAGAUUUUCGACCCCCUCCCGCUAUUGUCAUAAAAAGUUAGACCCCACUCAGAUAUAACUAUAACUUUAAAAAAUCUCUGAACUAACCCCCCCCCCCCCCCCCCCCACACAGCAAAUUUAGCAGAUUUUCGACCCCCUCCCGUGAUUGUCAUAAAAAGUUAGACCCCACUCAUAUAUAACUAUAACUUUAAAAAAUCUCUGAACUAACCCCCCCCCCCCUCUCCCCCAAUAUAAAUAAUCCCUCCGCCCAAAUGGCAAAUCUGUCCUUUACAAUUUACAGACCCUUAAAAAUUCACCCCCCAUAGAUAUCAAAUUUCUGCACCUGUGUCAGAACAGUGGUUCUUAACCAGAGGUGAAAGCAGCCCUUGACGUGUGGAAGAAAAUUGUAUUGCUGCCAUUGCUAGUUGUUGCUGCCUUUAAAAAUAUAAGUUUUUAAUUCAUGUUGAUUAGAAGCAGUAAAUGUUUUCCUGGUGAAUUUUUUUUCCCAUUACUUGUGUUGUUUUUUCACCUUGUUAAUAAGGACUUAAUUAAAGAAAUCAAACUACUAUAACUAAAUAAUUUUAUUAUGGUUUUUUAAUAUUUUAAAUUUUGUUACGAUAUAAUUUAUACAGUUUGGGGUGGGUGGGUGUUGUGGGAAAUGUUUAAAACUGAGUGAGACUGCAGCACUGUAAAAAGGAUAAGAAUCUCUUGUCAACCAUUUUUCUUUCCAUCCCACUUCACCAUGGUAGUCCUAUUUCUAUGAGUCCCAUCUCCACAUUUUGACAUAAAUUCUCACAACUGUCAAUGUUACCACACCCCGAUUCUCCUGUUGCGUUUUGGCGAUUUUUUGGACCUCGCAUACCUGUACUGAUUCUCUCACUGAUCGUAGCUUAAAAAUAAAAUAAUUACAGGUAUAGUUUUUUUUAUCAAAGAAAAAUGUUAAAAAUGACCAUAAUUUAGUGUUUUUAAGUGCAUUUUUUUACUAUAAUAUUCCGCUUCACACAUCAUAAAAAUGUGACCUCCCUCCUCGCUAGACGUGUGACAUCAUUUAUGAAUGGCCCCUUAAUAGAGCUUGCUGAUUUUGCUAAUACUUUUUUAAAUUAAAACCUUUAUUUGUAAUUAUUAUUAGGAGACAGAGUCAAGAAAGCACAGAAAUAAAAUAUAAUUUAUACAAACAUUAUAAUAUUAUUGUGUAGGUCAUGGAAUCAGAGGAUCAAAGUGUAUGGUGAUGUUGACAAUAAUGUUUAGUGAGCAAGUAUGAACUGUUUUCAUGUCAAGAAUGGGUGCGGGGAUUUUUGGGUUAUAAAGGGAGAGAAUGAUUUGGAGCGUCAGGGAGUGAGAGACAGAGUGGAUAGUAUUUUGGUUAGAUUCGCUGUGGGGCUUUUUACUGAGAAUAAUAUUUUUCUGCCAGAUGUAUUUAUGUAUCAACUUCAUUGUGUAUCAAGUGGCUGUUUAGUACAGUGAAAUAAACCCAUAAUGUACAAUGAACUAUUCUGUGUUUGAGUUAAUUGACCAAGUGAGAGACGAGAAUUGAAACAACUUGGUCUGAUAUAAAGUUAGAUGAAAUAGUUGCCAUCGAAAUUUUGCCAUCAUCAUCAUAAUAUAUCAGACCAGGCAGAAUAUUUGACAAUGAAUGGUUUUAUUGGCUAAUAUUAAAAAUAUUUAUAAUAAUGAAUCAUUGAAGGGUGUGAAGUCUGAGGACUGGGUGAAUAUAGUAAAUUUUAAAUGGUAGUUGGGGAGGGGAGUACAAUAAUAAUUGUACAGAAUGUAUACAUAUUUCUCAUCUCUAUCGUAAAUCAAAUAAGAAUUUAAAAAAUUCUGUUUUAUUUUUAAAAAAAUUAUUUUUAAUUUAUUCUCUUAGGAGUAAUUUUUAUAAUUGGUCAAUUUAGCCCCAUUUUCAAAAGGGGGUGGGUGGUUUAGGCUUUACUUUGGCUGGCUGUUAUAAUUUAUAAACUAAAUGUUGUUUUUUUGGAGUAUUUUUUCAGUCAUGUUUGGAAUAGUAAAAUCAUUUAUUAAAGGACUUCAGAAACCUGAACACUCUCUCAUCUUAAAGGAAGAGGUAAACAUAAUAAUGUAAUCUUACAAAUAUUCUGUUACAAAUUUUUUAAAGAUGAAAGAAAAAAAUCCAUUAAUUGUGAUUGACAUAUUUUUAUUUAUGCCUCUCGGCCAAUAAUCAAUAAAAAAUAAUGUAAUAGACAAAUUAAAAUUAGCUUAAGAUUAAUAAAGAUGUGCUAAGAGAUGUUGGACCAUAUUUAUUAUCAAACUAUAUAGAUGUGGUUCUGUAAAGGUCUCCAUGAAACCCAAACAAUCAUGAAAUUUAUCUUUGGAGUGAUUCUUUGAAGUAAAAUGAAAAACUUUUAUUGGGUAACUCAUAAUACAGUGCUGUUUAGCCAUUUGGCAGCAACAGUGAGUCUGAUUUGUAUGUUGAUGGCUAAAAAUGAAUUUCCAGAUCUUUAAGCUUUUUGUCGACUUCUUUUUGGACAUAAUCCUUUUAAUAACAGAGAGUUAACAAUUUUCUUAGGAACAUCUAAACCAAAAUGUUUGGAAUUCUGUUUUUUAAACCGGUACUGGUACUGAAUUUUGUUGGCUGAGCAAAGAAAAAGUACUUUCAAAAUUCUGGGAUCAAACUUAUUCAAAAUCUUUUUCGGUUUGAAAUCCAAGAAAGAAUUGUUAAAUUAUCGGGAAAUGGCGUUUAUUGUAAGGAAUAUUAUUUCUUACUGAUAUUAGCAGAUCACCUGAACAAAUUAAUUUGAAGUUGGAUCUGUCUGCUUUCUAAUGUGCCAUGCAAUAUGCAUUUAGCUUAUGUACAAGAAUAGAAUGGAGAAAAGUAACUACCCUACUAAACAAAAAAACGACUUUAGUGUAUGGUACUUAGCUCAAUGUAAUAAAAAUACAUUAAUAAACAAAUCAAGUGUUAAACUGUGAUUGUAACUGAAUGGAUUGCACUAUUGCUAAAAAUCAUAAUUUCUCCUUUUUAUGUCAUGUUUGUCAUAAAUAUUUAACAGUGAAACAUUUUUUAAAAAGUGGGUUUUUUUCAUACAGAAAUUUGAAAUUCGCAAAUACCCAGCUGCAAAAUGGGUUAGCACAGCAGUAAAAGGCAUGUCUCACAAAGAUGCCUCAUCAGAAGCUUUUAGACGACUUUUUAAAUAUAUUCAAGGUGAAAAUGAAAAAAGUAAGUCAAGUUAGCACCGAAAGAUAUAGUCAGUUUUUUGAGGUGAUCGUAAAGAUUUUACCUAAAGGUACACUUUUAAUUUUUUAUUUUAAAAGAAAUGUUAUUAAAAUACGCUUUAAAGAUUAGAAGGACACGUUAAUAUGUUUAUUGUAUUCCUUGCUAAUAAAGUUUUAUUUUUUUUAAAAUGAUAACAAAUGGGAUAGGUAACUUGAAAUCUUAUUUGCACAAAUUAAUUUUUUGCUAAGUUAAUUAAAAAAAUUAUAAUAUUUAAAAAUGCAAUCUAUUUAAAGGUAUGAUUGAAAAAUAUUGCAUUGUGAAAUGAAUGAUAAUUCAUUGUAUUUCAGUUAUGCAGAGAAAUCACAUACAUUUCAGUUACAUUUUAUUUCUCAGUAGUCUUUUUUUAUCAUUUAGAAAGAAAUAUAAAAAAUUUCAGCACUGUUGUCCCAUCUAUGCAAAAAUUGCAAUCUAACAUUCUGGCAAGUUGAUUUCAAUGUAAAAAAAAAAAAAAUUGGGACAAAAAGCCACCAGUAUUUGAAAAUUUUUGUUUUGACCUAAAUAAACUUACCGGUAUCAAAAUGUGUUUGAGCUGUUUUAGCACAAAAACAUUUGAAUGGAUAUAUUGUAAUAUAGCCCUUUGUAAUACUUUCUAUUAAUUGACAUUUAAAAUUGAUGUAGCGAAAUGGGUGUCAGAAAAUAAACAAUGAUUCAUGGUUAUAGGGAGAUAUUUAUUUAUGUAUUUAUUUAGUCAUUUUUAUAUAGCCCUUACCUUAAAGCUCUAAGCGCUUUACAAUUAUUAAAAACAUGUAAACUAAGUAAAAUAAAAAUGAGACACUAGGAUAGUAACUACUAUACUAUAGAAACAAUGAAAAUGGCUAUAAAACGAGGACACUUUGACACGUUUUGGCCUAUACUUCAGGAUCAACCUGAAACAGAAAAUGAGGCAGGGCAAGGAGGGUGCAUCACAGGUCAUAGAUAUCUUCUAUCCAUGAGGCCUUCUUUUGAAAAAAAACCCCAACCAUUGUGGUACUAAUUAAGAUGAAUUUUUAUAUUUUUUAGUUCUUUUAUUCAUUAAAAGCAGAGAACCUGCUCAACACAUGGGAGAAGAAAAUCCUCCGAAAAAUAUACGGUCCAGUGAUAGAAAAUGAUAUCUGGAGAAUCCGUACAAACCAAGACCUUUACUAUUUUUAAAAAGACCCAUCCAUAGUCACAAUGAUAAAAAAAAAAGGCAGGUGACGCUGGGCAGGACAUGUUGAAAGGAUGCCGGAGAGUAGAGCGGCAAAAGUUAUAUACAGGCAGAAGUCAAAGGGCAGACGACUCACCGGUCACCAAGGCUGAGAUGGAUUGAUGAUGUGGAGAAGGAUUUACACCAGUUGGGGGUUGUCGCAUGGAGGCGGAAAGCUAUGGAUCCCUCUGAAUGGAAGGAUGUGGUGGAGCAGGCCAGGGCCCUACAUGGGCUGUAGCGCCACUGAUGAUGAUUUAUUUAUAUGGCUAGAUAUCAGAUGCACUUGAUCUUUUGUUAAAUUAAUACUUUUUAAUUUUGUAGUCUUUAACGGUACUGGUUACAACUCAGGACUAAUCAGGACAAAUGUCCAAAAAACCAUUAUUACUUUGAUAAAACCAGUACGAAUGGUCACUUAAAUUAUAAGGAACUAGUUAUAGCCCGCCAAACAUUGGCGGUAGCAAUGCGUGAACUUCCCAUCCACUAAAGUUACUUGACAAAAAUGUGAAAUCAAGUUGCGCACAUUUUGAAUGCCAAUUUUGCUACACCCCUUCCCCCCUUUUUCAUGAUAUGUCACGGCACACUUUUUAUUUCACUCCGACCCGGCGGCUUAGCAGAUGCCGCGAGCUGGUUGGCAAGCGAGGGUGGUGCAGGAGGCGGGCGGGAGCUCCACCGCUGUGUGCAUGUCUCGAGACCAACGAUGGGCAGGCAAGGGAAGAGAGGGGAGGGUUUGCCUGCGUCUUGCUUGCUCUGGCGUAUCUAAAUAUAGCCUGCGUCGUCUUCUGGCAAAUUAUAUAUAUAGAUUUCUGGAAAUAAAACUCAAAGAUUUCUCAAUGAAAUAAGUCAUUUUGUAGAAGCUCCUUAAAAAACCAUAAACACAUAACCCUCAUAUUACUAAUAUUCUUACUUAGAGUUCAUUAAAAAGUCUUUGAGCUUUAUUUAUAUGUUAUCUCCUUCAUUGUGAAAAAAUAUUUGGCAAAAUUUAAGUGCCAUUUAAAAAAAAUAAAUUUAUUUUCAGAAGUGACCAUAGAAAUGACAGUUCCAGUGACUAUUAAAGUAGAGCCUGGGGAGGGUCCGGCCUGUGAAACAACAUUCACAGAAUCAUUUUAUAUUCCAGUAGAGCACCAAGAAAACCCGCCGGCACCAACAAAUACAAAUGUGUUCAUAGAAACCAGACCAGAGUUGACUGUAUAUGUUGGGUAAUUAUUUAAAAUUAGUAGCGUUAUUUUUAGCACCUUUCUUUUUGUUCAAAAAUUAUGUGGUUAAAGUCCAAUAGUUUCUAAAUAGGGUGUGGCUCCUUCCUAAUUACAGCUGCCUGAUUGGGGAAUCCAUCCGGUGUUUUUCCCAUAAGUGUUGAUGUUAAGAGGUAGGCAGUAUUUACACUGCACCAUUGUGCCAAGCUUUAAUUGUCCAAUGAACCAUAAUUUGAAUACAGUUAAAUAGUGACUGGUAUAAUAAAAACAGAUGAUUUGCAUUAUCAAAAGUCUGUAAGUAGAAUCUUACUUUUAAUGGAUUUAAAUUUUUUUAUCAUUUGUCGCUUUUUUAAUAAAUUUAUAAAAAUUGGAUGAAACCAUUUUUUUCAUAUUUGUUAUCUUCACAGGACUUUUGGCGGAUUUGGAGACGAUGAGAAAUGGAUUUAUCAUGGCAAACUAUUAAGUGAUGCUAUUGGAGAUGAGACCAAAUUUCAUUCAGAUUAUUAUUACACAGUUGGUUAUGAUGCUCCUUUUAAAUUAAUCGGAAGGACCAAUGAGAUUUGGUUUGUGAAAAAGGAAAAUUAAAUUGAUUUCAUGAGGAGAUUUAUCUCAGAUGUUUUUUUUUUCUAAAAACACUGUCAUUUUAACUAACUUACAGUUAUGUUAUUAAUUUUAAAAAAAAAGUUAUUAGGAAAUUAUGGCAUUAUUUUAAAUAUUAACUUUUUAAAACUUAAAUGAAAAGUUUAACAUCUUCAUUCUUAUGAGGGAUUGGAACUCAUUUUUCAGUUUUGAUUAGAACCAUAUUGUUGAAUCAGCUUUUGGUUAUUAGUUUUUAUUCCAUAAGAAAAAAUACAUUGUCAAUAUUUUAUAUUAAUUAAGUUUAAAAAUUAGGUACAAACAUUUAUAAACAAAAAUCUUGUUGCUCCUAACAAUAUAAGUUUCAAUAUCAGGACACAAAGAAAAUUUGUGAUUUAAUUUGCAAAUAAAAAGUGUACCACUUCAAUGUUUCAUAAAUGUUUAGUGUCCAAAUUAUUUUAAAAAAUAUUAUAUUCUUUUUGUUUGAUGAUAUAAUUUUAUAAUGUUCAGAUGUGUGUUCAUUGAACAGCAUUAAUCAACAAAAUGAGAAAUUUUUUACUUUUUUUAAAAUGGAAAAUACAUACAAUGGUUUUGGCUAUGAUGUGACAGAAAACCAAACAGGAUUUAGGGACAGAACAUUACAUUUUGAAGACAAGGUGUUAAUGUCAGUUACAAGUUCAUUUGGUUUCUUUCUAUCUAAAUUCAAGUUUUCAUACUAAAAAUAAUCCAAUGAAAAUAAUAAAAUAAAAACAUUCAAAGCAGUUGGAAAUACAAAUCUAUCAAGGGUACAAGGAAACAGCAAACAUAAUUGGCCAACAGUUGCAUGGCAGUCUAGCUUUGAUAUUUACAAUGAAAAACUUUACAAGGACCCAGCCUUUUGCAUAAAGGAUUAUAUUUAUUAGUGAUAUGUAUGAGAGGGCAAUUUUUUAAAAAUUAUAAAUAUUUUAUCACAAUGUAUGUUCAUUGAUAAUACUUAAUCUUCCAUGAGGGUCUUACUGAAUUAAUUCAGUGGUUCAUCAGUUAAAUUUUAGAUUAACCAAAUUGUACUUCAAACAAUUUUGAAGACCCUUUGCCUAAGACCCAUUUGCAUACAAUCAUACUGGCGCCGGUUAGCAAAAAAAAAAAGAAAUAAAUUAUUUAUAAAAAUAUUUUUUUAUUUUAACAUGCUUUUUUAACUUGCACCCCACCCCAUUUCCUCCCUAUGAAACUGUUGGGAAGGGUGAGAUGGGGUUUACAUUUAAUGUUUGCUAUACAGCAAUAUAUAAUUUCUUGUCUUUUUUUUCCCCUUCACAUUUUGGUUUCUUAAUAUAAUUGUAUUGUGGAGAUGAGAUUUUACCCUUAUAAAAGGAAUGCACAAUAUAUGUCAAUGUUUAUACAGAAAUUGUCUUAAUACUCCUUUACUCACCUAUGUUAUACUCAUUAUAAUUAUAUUGCAAUAUAUUAAUGUGGCAUUACCUUAUUCUCAGACCUCGGGUCAGAUAAGAUAACUUAAAUUGUGCCUGGCUUUUAAAGGUUUGUGCCUAGUGUAGACCUCCAUUUUAUUUUAUGCUGAUAGUCAUGUAAAAGUUAUAACUUUCAAACCUAACUUAAAUACAUUUGCAAUAUAUUUUAGGUUAUUCAGAACAGAAGCUGUGCUACUAAGCACUAUUUACUUGGAAGAAGCUGUGUUUAUGUACUUAGAAAUGAAUCAAUGUGAUAUGUGUUUGUGUCAACUAUUAGCAGGAAUUUCACAUUUUUUAUUAGUUAAUAUUGAAAUUUGCUAAUAAUUUCUCAUCAGGGAUAAAUAUGAUUAUUUAAAAACCAUAUGAAUAACAAAUAAUCAUAAAUAAACAAAAAGAUCAUAAGU